AUGGAUGCAUCUACGCUAUCUGAGUUUCAAUUGCUAUUCCCACUGGCACAACGAUGCAUUCUACUUAUUUUUGUCGGGCUUUGGCUGUGGGUUUGGCAGUUAACGAUCUUUUAUAAAGGUUUCCAUGUCGAUAUAUCUCAACUUGUUCCUUCCAGCGAUCCCUCGGAGUUCGUACCUAGGUCGUCCGCAAAAAAGCAGCUGGAAGCUACUCGCGCGACUGUAAUUCAAAUUACUAAAAUAAUUUUACCGUGGCACAUCGCAACCUGCUUCUUACUGCAACAGUGCAACUCAGAUCAAACUUACGCUCCAGACGCUUGGCUGGUAUGCUUACUGAAUGUCCAACCUGUGUGCCAGUUCAUAACGAUAUUUGCCGUCAUAUUCACAAACUCGCCAAUGGUGUCCCGCUGCUUCAGAAACAUUCUUUGCUUUGGUAAUAUUGAGCCAAGACCUUUGAGAAACAACUAUAUUAUAAUUACUGACUCAUUAACGUCCUAUGCUAAGCCGCUUAUUGAUUUUGGACUCUACAUGUGCCAUCUUUUGCUCGAUCCAUUGAGUGAGAAAUGCAUUGCAAGCCGCAGUUCUCUUGGAAUCGCCAUCAAUCUGGACCUUAUGAUAGGUAUCUCUCCGGUGAUGCUGCGAUUACUGCAGUGUUUAAGAGAAUGGAAAAGAUCGAGAUCUGCCGAAGAAGCAAAGUCUGCGCUUUUCAACGCCAUCAAGUAUUCACUAAAUUUCCCUAUCCUUAUGUGUACCGUCUACUCAAGAACCUACCCAACAGAAAAACCGGCGAAGUAUGUCUAUUGGUUUAUGCUAAUGAACUCAACGUAUGGAUUUUGGUGGGAUUUAACCAUGGAUUGGAACUUAGGAAUGUUUAACUUUAGUUUCGCAGGCAUGGAUCGCAACGAGUCUUUGAGAAGUCGAAGAAUUUUCCCAAAACCUGCAUACUAUCUGGCCAUUUGCAUUGAUUUUGCACUGCGAUUUGUAUGGCUUUGGGAGGCCAUGAGCGGCCGCAGUGUUUUUGAGGGCGAAAUUAAUAUCUUCUUCCUACAAGCUCUCGAGCUUUUUAGAAGGUGGGUAUGGCUUUUUAUCAAAUUGGAAUCUGAGGCCGUCAAUGCCGAAGUUCCUGAUAAAGUACAGGAUUGA